GCUGUGGAUCAGUUUCGUUCCGACCCUCGACGCGAAUAAACGCUUCAAUUAAUGCGCGCGUCUUACGAGCCGAGUGCCCGCGAGUGAGCCAAUCCUUGCCCAUACAAAAUCAUCAGGGGGAAAUCACCUUCAACCGUACGUACGUACGGGUCUAGCAGAUAAGCAGAAGGCUUCAAAUUGGAUAAUCGCUCGCCAGUGAGAGUGCUCAAUCCGGUGAAUUAGCCAGCAGUCGGUUGCUAUUUUCAAGCAGCACAAAGUAGGCCUAGUCUGUGCGUUCGCGAGGACAAGAACAUUUCAGAAAACAUUUCAUCAUCGGAAAUCGCCGAACGGAGCGGGUUCCGGAUAAGUGAUUCUUACGGCCUCUCCCGUAAAAGGAACGGAAUUUAAAUAUCAUUUGACGGCGGUCUACCUUGUGUGCGUUGAAAACUACACCAGAUCUGGCAGUUCCCCAACCACAACGACAACAACGGCAUGACUCACCUUUGAUCUAGCGCUGCGUUAGCUCAUCGAUCAUCGUUAAGCACCUGACGGAACGUGACCUCCGUAGUUGAUCGAUUAUUCUAUUCUCGAUGAACAAGCUGAAAACGUUGCUCCACUCGACGUCGCUCGACAGCGGCAUCGCCACGCAGCAGCGCAAAGCGAAUCGGUCCAACAACAACGAUCGACUUGAACCGGAGGUAGGCUUCAAGCUAACACUUGAUCCGGGUCCGCAUGAAAACUUCGAUAAUGGUAACGACGAUGUGUUUCACCCACCGACAACGGCAGCGGCGUCGGUGUCGGCGGCUUCGAACGAUGAAAGCACAGCCCCGGUAGCCGCCGUUCCGGAACUGCAAGUUCAUCUGGUCGGCGCUCGCCAUCUACCGGUGAGCUUCGGACUGAAAAGCGUCGAGGGGUACAUGAUAAAAAUAAAACUGUUCCCCGGUACGGUGAAGUUCGACUCAUCGAUACAAACCAUCUCGUGGCCGAUGUUUGGGGAAACUUUCCGGUUUCCGCUGGCUGCUAGUCAUAAGUCUUCAUUUCGGGUAAAGAAAACUCAAUCUAAGGAAAAGCCAGACAAGACUGUGCCGGAAAAAAUUUUCAACGGAAACUUUGUGGUGUUUACAGUAUUCGCUCUGUUGGAACUACCGCCAGGGUACACAUCCACCUUCAAGCACAAAACGAUGACCUUCAUCCGCCAGGGUAGCCAGCGUUUGAAGGACAAGCCAGUCAUCGGAAAACUGGUGAAAGAUGUGGAUCCACCGGAAGCCAAAAACGUCGACUUCGACCAGAAGCGAAACCUGAAAAAGUUAACCACCAGUGAAAGUCAACGAAAUAUCGGCUCAGUGACGUACUUUUUGGAACCCAGAGAAUUCAAAGAGUCAUGCAACGGUCGUCUUUUUACGACCGAGGAAAUGUGGUUACCCAUUAAAGACAUGACGGUUACCCAACCGGCCGAAUCGAGAGUGGCGGUCUUUCAAAGCCCCAAGGGUCAGGUUGAAAUCACACUGCAGCUUUGUGAUUACACCGACGUUAAUUUCGAUCGAAAAUCAUCCGACGAAGACCUCUCGUUCAACAUCGAUGGCCCGUAUUCUUCCUCGUCGUCUUCACCGAUCGCCACCAGUCCAACCCCGAAGCUCAGCAAACAAUCUUCCUGUGGAUCGCCGAUUUCACGUUCGAACUCUAAAAAGAAUCGGUUCAGUUUCAAAAAGAUGGUCAAAAGCGUCAAAAACAAAGACAAAAACCAAAAUGGGCUGUGUUUGAAAAUUUCAACGGCCAAGAUUCGCUGCGGCAUCAAGUGCAAGGAAGAAUUCGAGGCGGUGAACGAGAAGAUCUACAUGAAGACCACGGUGCUGGAGUACGAGAUCCUGUCCGCCACUUGGAAGUCGGAACCAUUCCGACCGACUCUAUCGACCCGUUGGAACCCGGACGAGUGCACCAUCGUGAUCCCGUUGAGCAGCGAGAGCAGCUUAGGGCACAUUUCGAUUCGAGUCGUUUUGGCAGCCAAGAAUCGAAUGGGCAAAAAGGUUUAUCUGGGGCAACUGUUUCUGGGACCCAACGCGGCCAGUACUAAUACAGUCAAGCAAGAUCAGUGGCGAAAGAUGAUUGCCUACAAGGGUUCGCCCAUUUCGGUGUGGCACAGUUUUGAGUAAUGCUAGCUAGAGUAGUAAGCGUCGUAUGGAAGUUUUGUGUCAUAUUAUUUAAACCCGGUAUUAAAUAUAUCUAUGCAUUUACAAAGUUUGACUGUUGAAA